UACUCGCCAAGCGUAUGAACAAGCAGGAAAAAUCUCGAUUCAUGGCGUCUUCUCAGCUUCACAAGGACUGGUCUGAUGAUGAACGUAUGAGCUUUAUGUUUUCAUCUUUUCCCGCCAAUCGUGCGAGCAACCCAACUCACUGGGACUCGAAAGUCCAUUUCUGGUGUGACGUUAUCGUUUCACAUUGUCGUCGCUCUAAUCACUUAACGUUUACAUUAAAAGACCUUGAACUUUUGUUCACAAGGAAAAAGUCGAUGCCGCUUUGUCUGGAGGUUGUUCUCAGUGAGAUGUAUCGGCAAAACAAAAUACAGACAAAACUUGAAUUUAUUAGGAAUUCCGUUAUUGAAAUGGGAUGGAUCAAAUGGACUAUAGGAUUAGUAAUUAAAGGUGUCCGGAAAGUCAGUGGCUAUGGUAUGCCUGACAUUCACAAAAGUGAAUUUGUUGUUCUGGAAGUUGCUAGAGAAAUUACAAGUGAUAUAAUGAGUCAAAUAUACGAGAAGCAGGGAGAGGAUCUGUUGAUGAACCGCCUGCAAUUUAGACAACUUUGUAAAGAGAUUGAGUGCAGAUUGAGAGAUGAAGAUGCUGAAGUAAUUCUGUGUCAGUUGAGGAGAGAAAGAAAGAUCAGCGAGGGUGUUUAUGAUGGCAGUGAGGUAAUAAGACUUGCUAUAAAGGAUCAUUCUUGUAUGAGUCCAAGUUUGACAGAGUCGGAUCUGGCGGAGUUUUGUUUGCAAACAACCAAAGACAAGCUCACAAGUGAAACAGAGAAAAUGAAUGAAGAGGUGAAAUGUUUGAGGAAUACCGCAUUGGACCUUCAUAAGCAGAAGAACACUAGUGCGGCAAAAACAUCGCUGAAACGCAGCAAAGUCCUUGAGAAAUCAUUACAAGACAGGCAAUCAGUCCUUGACACAGUACAGUUACAGCUUGAUCAGAUAAGGAAUGCACAGACUAAUCGAAUGGUUGUUGGUGCUUUCUCUGCUGGUGCUACUGCGCUUAGAGAGCAGCUAAAGGAUGGCAAGUUGACGGUUGCAAGAGUGCAUGAUGUCAUGGAUGAUGUCCAUGAAACGCUAGAAGAACAUCGUGAAAUUGAUGAAGUCUUGUUUGCUGGUAAUAUGUCAGUGGAAGAUCCAGACAUGGAAGAACUGGAAAGAGAACUCGAUCAGCUUGUCCUUCAUGACUGUGCUGCAGGAGAAGUCACUGAAAAUCUGGAAGACGUUUUACCCUCAGUUCCAACUGCAGUGCCAUCGAGUGCAUAUCCUAUGUCCAACAGCUACUAUUCAUCUCACAACAGCCAAAGACCCUCUCAAUAUGAACCAUCUAAUAGGCCGAUACAACACCAGGAGAGAGUAGCUGAGUUGGCAUGACACAAUGUCACAUUGUGGCUUUUGGAUGUAAACCAUUUAAUGAUUGAUAUCAAAUACCAUAAUGAUGACACAAUUAUU